AAUUAUAUCUCUCUUCUUAUUUAAUCUGAUUCUUCUUCUAUGGAAGAGAUCAUGAUCAGACAAGCCGAUCCAUUGGCGCCGGCCAGAAUCUUUCCGAAGAGCGACGAGGAGAGCGGCAUGGCCAACCCCAAGAACGCCAGCCGGCGGCGGCGGCCAAGAAGCAGCAGCAAGUGCUUCGUCUACAUCCUCGCGGCGCUCGUCUUUCUCAGCCUGGCCGCGCUAGUCUUCGCUCUAAUCUUCCUGCGCGUCCAGCCGCCCAAACUGGAGAUCACCUCCGCCGCCGUGAAGAAUCUCAAGUACGCCACCUCCCCGGCGGCCUCCCUCAACGCCACCAUCACGGCGGAAGUCAGCGUCAGGAACAGAAACUUUGGGCCGUUCAGAUUCGAGAGCAGUAGCCUCGUGGUUCUGUAUAAGAAUGUGAGCCUCGGCGGCGCGAAAUUGGAGGGUGGGGUGGCCGGAGCAAGGGGGACGGAGAAGGUGGGGGCGGCGAUGGAAGUGAGAUCGAGCUGGGUUUUGGCAGAGAAUGGGGUUUUCGGGGAUGAAUUGGGAUCGGGAUUGGUGGAGCUGAGAAGCCAUGGAAGAGUGGAGGGGAGAGUGAGGGUGAUGAAGAUGAACAGUGGGAAGAGGAGCGUGGAGAUGAAUUGCACAAUGACCCUCAAUCUGAAGAUCCAAGCUAUUCAGUAUUUAAAUUGCAGCUGAUUAUUUAUUUAUUUUUUAUUUGUGAAUAUAUAUAUUUUAAUUAUUUUUAAUUGUUGGGGGUGUUACAAUAAUUAUUAAAAAAAAAAUUAUGUCAUUUUAUAAAUAUUCAAAGGAGCUAUGCCAACUCUAUCUUAAAUCCCUCCCGAUAAUAAAAUAAACAUAUCAUUAAUGUAUAGAAUAACAAAAUUCAAAAAAUGAUGAAUUUAUUACAUAGUGUAAUUCAUCCGAAAUUC